UCAAUAGACAUUAGACAAAGUUGUUAUAAAUUAUAAUCAAUUAUAAUAAAAAUAUUGUUAAGAGUUUAUAAAAGAUAAACUAAAUAAAAUGACUGAAAGUAAAUCAUUGUAUAAAAAUAUAUUUCUUUUGAAUCAACUAGUUCCACCAAACAAUGAUUUUAAAAAAUGUUUUAAAGAGGGAAUGUUUGACAAGCCAAAUACAAGUGGAUUUAUAAAUGUAUCUUAUUAUCUAUUAAAUAUUUAUGAUGAAGAAAGAUUCAAGAAAUUUGUUGAAUGGCCAAUUCUUGAAAAAAAAUUAGAAGGAAAAUAUAGAAAUGAAGUACGUGAUUUUAUAACAAUAAUAUCAAAUGAAAAUCCAGAUAUUCCAUUUCCAACAAUUUUAACAUCACAUUUAUUUCAUGCUGGUGGAAAUAAAUUUACAAAUAUAAUGCAUAAAUUAUCACAAGCAGUAUUAAAAUCAUAUUUAAAACGACAAUUGCCAAAUGAAAUAAUAUUGGAUUGUCCAAGACCAGGUCCAAGUGAAGAAUUAUCUAAAAAAAUGUUGAACAAUAUUAUUGCUGAUAAAUCACAAAAAAUUAUAAAAUCACAUCAACGUUUUCAGGAAAUUGAAAAUAAAGCUAAAGCAGUAUCACAAGAGCUAGCUGAAUCAAUUGAAAAAAAUCAAACAGAAACAUUUGAAUUAAAACAAGAGUUGGCUAAAAUAAUUUUAGAUGCAACUGUACAUCCAGAUAUGAAAAAACGUAUGAUUGAUCCAAAUGACACUGAAGUUAUUGAUUUAUGGAAAGACAAUGUACGUGCAAGUUUAAAAUAUUUAAAUAAACAAAUGAAAAAACUUAAAAUUAAAAGUGACACAAGUGAGAGAGUUGCAACAAUGGCCAACAGUAUAUUAUCAAAUGAUGUUAAUUGUCUAGAUGGUAAUAAUUUAGCACACAUUGAAGUUGAUAAAUUUUUAGAAAUACAAAAUCUUAAACCAGAGCUACAAGUUGCUCUUCAUCAUCUUUAUGAUGAAAAUCAUAAUAAUAAACUUAAUUUGACAAAUUUUAUAAUUGUAUUUAAUUGUAUACUUGAAAUAAUUGAAGCAAAUAUAUUAAAAUAUGGUUAUCCUGAUUUUACUGAUUGUAAUAUGCAAAUUGAUGCAAGUGUCAGUGAUUUAAUAUCAAUGGGUAAACUUGUUGAAAAUUUAGAAACAUUAAUGGCCAGUUUAACUGUUGAAUUACAAAAUGAAGAGACAAACAACAACAACAAUAACAAUAACAACAACAACAACAACAAUAAUAUUCCAAUGAGAAUUGAAAAUCUGACAAUGCAAUUAUCACAAGAUGUAUUUGAUUCAGUUAUUUUAAAAUCAUCACCAACAAUACAAUUUCAUACAAAUGGAUAUGAUGCUGAAAAAAAUGAAGCAUUAAAACGUCUAGAGUUGACACCAGUUGAGGGUGUUCAUAAAUCACUUUUUUCACGUUAUAAAAAUGAUGAUAAUCAAAAUACUCCAAAAGCAACAAAAUCACGUAUCAAAAUGCCUAUUUCAAGAAUUAAUUUUGAUGAUAAAAUAUCACCAGUUAAAAAAUUUGUAGCACCUCCACCACCACUACCACCACCACAAUCAUCAUCAUCAUCAUCAAAUACAUCUGUAAAUACUAAAACAGCAAAAUUUUCAAGACUGUUUGCUGGUAAUACAAGAACAAAUUUUGCAAAUUGUAAUAUUUCAUCAUCGAGUUCAUGGAAAAUGAAUACACUUGGUGAUGCUUCAUUUGGUAUGAGUAUGCGUGAUUUUUCAACACCAGGUAUUUCAACACCAGAAAGACCAUCAAUGUCAACAAUUAUCCAUAACAUUGAUAAACCAGCAUUUAAUUCGACUGAAAUAAUAUCUGCUGAGCUUACGACAAUCAAUGAAAAUACUGAAAUUUAUAAAAAUCCAUCUGGUGUUGUAACGAGAAGAAAAAAUCAUAAUAAAUUUGAUGAUAAUGAUGAUGAUGCUAAUAAUAAUGAUGAUGAAAAAAAACAUAAACGUCGUUCAAUCAGUGAUCUUGUUGAACGUUAUAAAAAAAUACGUGAAACAUCAGGUUUACCAAUGGAAAAUAAUCAUGACAUUUCGGAUGAUAUUUAGCACAUUUUUUAAUUAACAUAUAAAUCAAAUGGUUCUAUUAAAAAUAUUGCCAAUGUCUUUUUGUUACUUUACUACUUGCUAGAUAUUAUAUGAAAUGAAAUUAAUAAUAAUAAAUCGACGUACCUAUUGCCAAUAUUUUUAUGUAAAUAAAAUAACAAUUAAACAAGUGUCAAGAAUAUUAAUAUUACCUCAUUAAUUUUUGUUUUUUUUUCCUAAAAAUUAUCUCUAAUUUAUCAUUAAUUACCACUAAUAUUAUAUUUAUUAGUAUUUUUUUUUUUUUUUGUAAAUAAAUAAAAUAAAAGACAAUUACUGUAUUAUUAUUUUUUAUAUUAAUUUUGAAUAAAAAAAAAAUUUUUCAUCAAAUA